CUGUACACACCGCCAGCGCUCCAGAUCGGGGAGCCCCACCAGGGAAGGGAGGAGGCAGCGUGGUGGCCUCAGAAGUGUUAGCAGCCCUGCUGCUGGCCAGCUGUCCCGUGGUCGUGGUCGGUGCAUGUCCCUGGAAUGUAGAAUGGGGAGUGAGGGGUGGGAGCUGGGCUGAGGGGAGGAGACCCACUAUGCCCAGCGCCGCCUGGGCCCUGGGGUCUGCAGGGGAGUCGCCAGAGGACAUAGGGCAGGCACACUCAUGAAAGGUAGGAGGACUGGAGGGCAGGUGUCUGUGUCCAGGGGUAUCCGUUACAUCUGCGGAGCUGGGUGGCUUCUCAGCAUGUGUCCAAGCCUAUGUCCCUGCGUGUCAUCGUGCUCCCGUGUCUGCACUCCUGGGUGCAUCUGGGUGUGGCCGAGUGGGGGGGUCAACGUCUUUGCCAUCCCCAUGUGCCCGCCAGGGCCUUGCCCGGGACGCCAGUGCCAGGCAGGGGCACCUCAACCAACGUGCGUGCGUGCGCAGAGCUCCUGAAAGCGGAAGCUGGGGGCGGAGCCUGGGACCCCACCUUCAAGCCCACUGAGCGGAGGGGCAGGCUGAGGCUGCGGAGGGUCAGGGGUGGGUCUGAGUCACCGCCUCCGGAGGCCUUUUCCUGUGGGGGGAAGCGCCCGCCAAUGAGGGCUGGGCCUGUCACGUGGGCCUGACAGCUGGGGGGGGUGGUGGCCAGCGACAAUGUGGUCCCGAGGCCACUGACACUAGGAGCUGCAGCGCUGAGACCCCCGGCCCGCCCCGCCUCGGGCCCCUCGGGCCACUUGGCCUGGCCACAACAUGUUCUCCAGGAAGAAGCGGGAGCUCAUGAAAACCCCUUCUAUCUCGAAAAAGAACCGGGCGGGAAGCCCCUGUCCGCAGCCUUCGGGGGAGCUGCCCAGGAGAGAUGGGGCUGAUGCAGUGUCCCUGGCGCCCAGCCUGGAACCACCAAGUGUGGCCUUGAAUGCCAAGGCCACAGGCACACUCAAGAGGCCCACCAGCCUAAGCCGCCAUGCCAGCGCUGCCGGCUUCCCACUGUCCGGAGCCAGCACCUGGACGCUGGGCCGUGGCCACCGCAGCCCACUGUCAACAGCCAGCCCAGCCGAGGGACCCAUCCAGGGACCCUGCCCCGACACUGUGGAGGACAUCUCCCACCUGCUGGCUGACGUGGCCCGCUUUGCCGAGGGCCUUGAGAAGCUGAAGGAGUGUGUUCUGCGUGAAGACCUCCUAGAGGCCCGCCGGCCGCUUGCCCAUGAGUGCCUGGGUGAGGCCCUCCGCGUGAUGCACCAGGUCAUCUCCAAGUACCCACUGCUGAACACCGUGGAGUCGCUCACAGCUGCCGGCACCCUCAUUGCCAAGGUCAAAGCCUUCCAUUAUGAGUGCAACAAUGAUUCGGACAAGCAGGAGUUUGAGAAGGCCUUGGAGACCAUCGCAGUCUCCUUCAGCAGCACUGUGUCCGAGUUCCUCAUGGGUGAAGUGGACAGCAGCAUCCUCCUCUCAGUGCCCCCUGGGGACCCGGGCCAGUCAAUGGAGAACCUGUAUGGACAGGGGAGUGAGGGUGCCCCCCUCAGCAGUGAGGACUGUGAUGAGGGCUGCCUCUCCCCGGAGGCGGUGGACACGCUGCUGCAGCGCUGUGAGGGGGGUGUGCAUGCCGCGCUGCAGUACGCCAAGAACAUGGCCAAGUACAUGAAGGACCUCAUCGGCUACCUGGAGAAGCGGAACGCGCUGGAGAUGGACUUUGCCAAAGGCCUGCAGAAGAUCGUCCAGAACUGCAGACAGAGCGUCAUGCAGGAGCCGCACAUGCCCCUCCUGUCCAUCUACUCGCUGGCCCUGGAGCAGGACCUGGAGUUCGGCCACGGCCUGGUACAGGCGGUGGGCACUCUGCAGACCCAGACCUUCGUGCAGCCCCUGAACCUGCGGCGGCUCGAGCACGAGAAGCGCAGGAAGGAGAUCAAGGAGUCUUGGCACCGCGCCCAGAGGAAGCUGCAAGAAGCAGAGUCCAAUCUGCGCAAGGCCAAGCAGGGCUACGUUCAGCGCUGCGAAGACCACGACAAGGCCCGCUUCCUAGUGGCCAAGGCAGAGGAAGAGCAGGUGGGCGCUGGCCCGGGUGCAGGGGGCGUGGCCUCCAAGACCCUGGACAAGAGGCGGCGCCUGGAGGAGGAGGCCAAAAACAAGGCGGAGGAAGCCAUGGCCACGUACCGCACGUGCGUGGCGGAUGCUAAGACGCAGAAGCAGGAGCUUGAGGACACCAAGGUGACGGCACUCCGGCAGAUCCAGGAGGUCAUCCGGCAGAGCGACCAGACCAUCAAGUCGGCCACCAUCUCCUAUUACCAGAUGAUGCACAUGCAGACGGCCCCGCUGCCUGUGCACUUCCACAUGCUGUGCGAGAGCAGCAAGCUGUACGACCCGGGCCAGCAGUACGCCUCCCACGUGCGCCAGCUGCAGCGCGGCGAGGAGCCAGACGUGCACUACGACUUUGAGCCCCACGUCUCCGCCAACGCCUGGUCCCCAGUCUUGCGCGCCCGAAAGGGCAGCUUCAACGUCAGCGAUGCUGCGGUGGCGGAGGCUGCGGGCUGCCCCCCAGAGGAAGGUGGGCCUGGCGACGGGGAGCUUGCCAAGGAGCGCAGGGGGGACUUUAAGAAGUUCGAGCGCAUGUCUUCCAGUGGCACCAUGUCGUCCAGCGAGGAGCUGGCCGACCAGGAGAGCAGCACAGGCGCAUCAGCCUUUGACCAGGAUGACCUCAAUGGCAUGGCCCCGGAGCUGCCUGUGGCCAUGCCCAGCGGGCCCUUCCGCCAUGUGGGGCUGUCCAAGGCAGCCCGUACCCACCGGCUCCGGAAGCUCCGCUCGCCGGCCAAGUGCCGGGAGUGCAACAGCUACGUGUACUUCCAGGGCGCCGAGUGUGAGGAGUGCUGCCUGGCCUGCCACAAGAAGUGCCUGGAGACCCUGGCCAUCCAGUGUGGCCACAAGAAGCUGCAGGGCCGCCUGCAGCUCUUUGGCCAGGACUUCAGCCAGGCCGCCCGCAGCACCCCGGACGGCGUGCCCUUCAUCGUCAAGAAGUGUGUCUUCGAGAUCGAGCAGCGGGCGCUGCGCACCAAGGGCAUCUACCGGGUCAAUGGGGUGAAAACGCGUGUGGAGAAGCUGUGCCAGGCCUUCGAGAACGGCAAAGAGCUGGUGGAGCUGUCGCAGGCCUCGCCCCACGACAUCAGCAACGUCCUCAAGCUCUACCUGCGCCAGCUGCCUGAGCCGCUCAUCUCCUUCCGCCUCUACCAUGAGCUUGUGGGGCUGGCCAAGGACAGUCUGAAGGCAGAGGCCGAGGCCAAGGCGGCAACCCGAGGCCGGCCGGAUGUCACCGAGAGAGAGGCUGUGGCCGUGGCCAUGGCGGGCCGGCUGCGGGAGCUCCUGCGGGACCUGCCGCCAGAGAACUGGGCCACGCUGCAGUACCUGAUGCGGCACCUGCGCAGGAUCGUGGAGGUGGAGCAGGACAACAAGAUGACACCGGGGAACCUGGGCAUUGUGUUUGGGCCCACGCUGCUGCGGCCCCGGCCCACUGAGGCCACCGUGUCCCUCUCCUCCCUGGUGGACUACCCACACCAGGCCUGCAUCUUGGAGACGCUCAUCACCCACUACAGCCUGGUCUUUGAGGAGGAGCCCGAGGUGGCAUCUGGGUGCCAGGAUGUGACGUCCAACCAGGGGGCCGAGGUGGUGGUCCAGGAGCCGUAUCCGGAGGCCAGCGGGGGCAUGGCCUCACCCCUGCCGGAGGAAGCUGAGGAUGGGGGCCUUGAACCCCACGUUGCCUCCAAUGACUCCGACUCAGAACUGGAGGAGGCCUCGGACCUGCCAUCCCCAGCGGGUGGGGCGGCCCUGCACCGCCUCAGCUUCCUGGAGAAGUUGGGCGGCGUGGAGGGUGGCCGGGACAGCCGCAGUGGCAGUGAGGAGCAGCUGGGCACUGCUACCGGGGAGGAGGAGGAUGGGCCCGGGCCUGGGGUCUGGGAGGACCUCGGGGAGGAGCCGGCCCGGCGGCUCGCCGAGCACAAUACCAACCAGUGCAACAAUGUGGCUGUGGCCCGCCUGCCAGCCGUGAGGCUCCGUGGCGGGCGGCUGGCAGGGGGCGCGGGCUGGGAGAGGCGGCCAGAGUUCGUGUAGCUGGGGCAGCGGGCAGGUCUGCUCCAGGCUCCUGUCCCUGUGGACACGUCACCGAGAGGCCUCUCCUUCCGCCCACAGCAGCGAGGGCAUCACUGGCCAACUUUUACAGAAGCUUCUGCCCGCGCUGCUCCGCACGCCCACCAGGCCCCACUCCUCUGAGCUGGGGGAUUCUGCUCUUGGAGUCGCCCCGGCUGUGAUGGAGGGACCCUGCCCACCCUGGCGCUGGGCCGUGGAGGCCACACGGCAGCUGGGAGGAGGGCUGGACGCCUUUGUGGAUGGUGGGCGGGUGGCCUUGGGAUGCCCUGGCUUUUACGGAAAACUGGGUUUGGAUACCUGGGGCUGAGGAUGCAGUGAAGUUCCAUGAUGGAGUUCUUUGACAGGCACAUUCCUUUUGCAUAAAAUAAAGUCUUUAACCUCA